AUUGAGGAUGUUUAUCCCUGCACGCCACUUCAGGAAGGGCUUAUGGCCAUCACGACCCAGCAACCUGGGGCGUACAUUGGCCGCUGGGUUUUUCGUAUUCAUAAAACAGUGGAAAUAGUAGCCUUCAAAGAGGCGUGGAAUCUCCUCAUCCGAAAUACCCCCAUUCUCCGAACCCGAAUAGUGGCCGGGGAACAAGAUGGCUCGAUACAGGUUGUUGUCCGUCAGCCGAUAGCCCGGGUUCAAGGACACUGUCUGCAGCAGUACCUAGAUAAAGGACUUGCAACGCUCAUUUCUAUAUGGAGAGAAACUUAUACGCCAAGCUAUUAUUGA